GAUGCAUCUCGAUCGUUCGAAACGCGUAAAACGCUCGCCGAUGAAGUAUGUGGGUCGUAAGUCGGCAUCUAGAAUUGCGAUGGGCAAGCUAGAUGGUCUGAAAUAGAAUUUCGAACGAAGUGGGGAUGGACUUAUAUUAAAAACGGUGUAAGAUAAUAGUGUAAGACUUUUUCGUUUUUUUCGAUGGCAGCUCGACGUCAUAAUAUUGUAGAUUACGUAUGCUGAUAUUUUUCGAAAAUUUAUACAAUAUCGUGACAGUGGUGAAAUAAAUAUUUUUAUUUAAUUUGAUUCGGUUUUGGAAAGUUUGCUCUUGUGACGGUGGUUCUUCGAUUGAUCGAGCUAUACAAAGAGAAAUAUCAAAGCAGCUAUGUCGGAAAAACGUACCUUACUGAGUCGUCCUCGUACCAGAGUCUACGACUGUAAUUAUAAUAUCGGUGAAAAAUACUACAAGCCGAUGGUCGAUCAACUAGAUCGAAAAUACUCCGGUACCAGUUCCUUGCCAUCAUUUACAACUCCGCCAUUCACCAGUCGAAUUCGCGACGAUGAUGAUUUCCCAUCUAUAUCUACCCGAAGACCAUCGCCCUUCUCUUCGGCGACCAGUGAUUUCGAAUCAUCGCUGUCCGAACGUCGCAGUAGAUUAAAUGGCGAAACGCGUUCCUUAGAAGAUGAUCUAGAAGAUGAGAUCGUAUCGUCGAUGAAAAAGCUAAAAGUAUUGAGGGCAGCGAAAGCUGCUUCGGUUGAAGAAGAACUCAAUCCGCCAACUAGCAUUUUAAACGGUUUUCCCAAACACAAAAGAUUAAAUUUGACCGAAAAGAUCCUAGACAGCGUUGGUGUGAAUGGUAAACUACAAGACUCGUUAGAAGAGGAAAUCCUCAAAAAACGCACCAUCAAGGUACCGUCUCUAUUCGACGACGAUAAAUUCACCAAAUGGACAGCGAUGCGAGAGCCAUCCAUCAACGACACGGUUGAAAGUUCAGCUGCUGCCAGAGCCAGACAAUCUAGAGCGCGACUAGCUGAUAUCGAAAGCGAAAUCGAUGCCGUUACGCAGAAAGGAUUAGCUCGUGAAAAACGCCUGAAUAAUCUAAAAGCUUUGAUCGCCGGCGAAGAUCCUUUUCUCGAUACGAGCGAUUCGUUCAAAUCGACUAAAAAAGUCAGCAAGACUACAAAAAAGGUUUCUUUUUAAUUGAAAUUUUUCUUAGUUUUUUUUUCUCUUUUUCUUUCUUUAUUUACUUCAUUUCGCUCGCCGCGAACUGCGAAGGUAUCGUUAUUUCGUUUUGCACCAUUUCGUAUCUGAAGCAUUUGACUUCUGCGUUUUCAUUCAUCACAUGUACCAUGUAAUGUACCGUAUGUGCCGUAAAAAAGAGAAACCUAUUCGUUAUUCGUUCUGAUUUUUUUUUUCUAUAGAGUUUUUUACCUGUCUGUUCACGAGAUUUGGUUUUCAUCGCGUUUAUUUUCGUACAAUAGUGGCAUUUCGUUCAAACGUCAAAAAGCAUAUAUUGCUAAUUGUAUUAUAUUCUUUCUCUUGUAUCUUAUAAGUAGUUAUAUUAUUAUUUAAUUUAAUCGAUUCGUUGUUAACAAAUUCGUUUUCAUUUAAAUAAAUCUUUCCAUUGUA